AUGUACAAGACUCUCUUGAUACUAUGGGGAGUCUGCUGUAUCUGUUUGGUGAUACAGCUUCUCCCCGUGAUCUCUGUUCCUAUCACUCUGCCGUCUACAAAUAUCUAUCUUUCCAGCUAUAGAAACUUCACCUUUGGAGUCUUCGGAAUCUGUGAUGCUACCAAAGGCAUUUGUUCUGAACCCAGGAUUGGUUAUCCUUCGGUCAACAGCACAUUCUACCUCAUGGCUAAUGAUAACGAUUUCGACAACAACGGCGUACGACUCCCAUCGUCCGUGACAUAUACCAUUUCCAAGCUAUUGAUCGUGCAUGUCAUAGCCUUUUGUUUUUCAUGUAUUUUAACAUUGAUAGUACUCGUGUUGAUAUUUUUGCAAUGGCUCGAUGACGAUAUACCGAUAAUGCUGCGGAUAAAGCGGGGCUUCCAUAUUAAAAGUGUAGAAGACGAACAUGUGACCCAGAGCUUCUUGAAACCUCCAUCCAGAAGUGACAGUGAACCAACAGAAAACGCACACCAAGAGUCGGCUUCGUCUAGGAAAAAGAAUAGAGACAUAACUCCGUGGCUAGACUUGAUGCAAGCGGCUGCUAUAUUGUCAUUUUUGUGCAAUUUGCUUGGAUUUCUCUCGGAUAUCUUGCUAUUCAUUCCUAAUCUCAGUUACCUAGGCUGGCUCCAGUUGGUACCCAUUAUCGCUCUUGCCAUACUUACGACGAUGUCGUGCUUCAUCAAAAGAUCAAUAAAGUCUAGAAAGUACCUUCAGAGUGAGCAACUAUACGAAAAUGACGAAAUGAGAAUGAGAAAGAAAAUCGUGGGCCAGUCUCAUGGAAACGAUAGUGAUGAUGGCUUCUAUGUCUAUACAAACGGUUUCUACAGCACCCAGAACAAAAACAGCAACGACAUAAGAUUUACAGACACUAAUCUGCAUCAGUUUGCAUUACACAAUAAUAAUAGCAGCAGCCAUGUUGGAUGGGUACACCAUUCGUAUCCCAACGAUAACGACUCAGCAGACGAAGAAAUCUCUCUUAAUUCCAGUCACGGUUCGGAGGAAAACAUUCCCCUCUCAAAUCUUAAUAUCAGAAGAGACCUGUAA